AAUGCUUUGCUGACCACGGUCCGUGCAUCUCUUUUUGACGGAAGUUGCAUGUCUUCCCUCCAACAUUUCCAAACUCGCACUAUCGCUAGAGCCAUGCCUGGUCUCGCAUUUCGGUAUGCCCUCAUGUCCCACAGGGGCGGCAGCUUGGAAAGGGUCGAAAAUACGCUACCCGGUUUUAGAUACUCUGCCAAAGAGCUGAAGGUGGACUUGCUAGAAUUAGACUGCUAUUUGACAAAGGAUGGGCAAGUUGUGGUUUUCCAUGAUAGAGACAUGACACGGCUCUGCGGACUGCCAGGGAGUAUUGGAGAUUAUAAUUACGCAGAUCUUCCUCCGUUGUUGAUUCCCGCCAACUUGCAAAACAACCCCGCUGUAACUGACGACCCCGAUUCAAAACGAAUUCCGCUCCUCAAGGAGCUCCUUGCUGAAUUUCCAACCUACCCUAUGCAAAUUGACGUAAAGCAAGGUCCAAGCGAACUCAUUGAUAAAGUCGGGGCAAUGGUGAGAGCGUAUAAUCGGGAAAAGCAAACAGUAUGGGGAAGUUUCCACGAACCGCAAAACGGAUGGUGCCGAACGCGUUUCCCAGAUAUUCCUUAUUUCUUCACUGCACGCCGGAUGGCAAAAUCCUUUGUGCUCUGGUGCUUUGGCCUCCUGCCUUUUAUGCAGAUCAACGAAAGCGCUAUGAUCAUGCCCAAUUUCAAAUGGGUAAUGUGGCCUGGGUUUGCUAGAGCCCUCAAUCGCCGUAACGUGCCAAUCAUUGUGUUUGGGAUGCCAGGUGGGGGAGUGAAUACAGUUGAAGGAUGGGAGGCUGUGAAAAAGUUUGGGGCAAAUGGUAUCUGUUCGGAUAGACCCUCUGCGUUGAAGCAGUGGUUGAAGACGAAUCGCUUGAACGAGCUGAGCGAUUUCGGGAAAAGGAACAGCUAAAGGAGCGACUGGACUUUUGAUGACUUUUAAAUAUUCCACAUUAUGACACAUAACAUUGCUUUAUGCCAAGUGGGCAGUAGCGGGUCGCCCUCAUCACUACUCGCACUCUCCUUUAGCAGACCGUAUUCAGAAAAUGACUCUGACAUCUUAGAUCUUUUACAUUAAGAAAUGUGCCCCCCAUGAUAUGUGA